CAGCGCAUACUUCACGAUCGUGAGCGGAUAACGGCGCAGUUACCGCAGGGUAGUGGUGUGUCAUGUAGACGUAUCAACAGUAAUAAUAUUGGGAACCAAGAUUUGAAUUACGAACAGAUCUCCAAACAUGUCCCACUGUUUUCAAACCUCCAACGUGGUCCCUUUGUUUGAAUCUCUUUUGCGACGUGAAUUUUGAAUAGCUUAUUGAAAGGUGUUGAGUGAGGAUAACCUGCUUAACUGAACUCACAAGUUAUCUGACAUUCUGUCUGUGCCCGGAGGGAGUUGCUUUGCACCACGAAAGCGCACGGUGGUGUGGUUGCCGUCUUCUUCUCUUCUCUUGCGGAGUGGACCCACCGGUCCAAUCCGAACCAUUACCACUGAAAUCCAUAAAGGAGGAAUUAGGAGUCUUGCUGUGGUUCUAUGGAUAUCCCCGCUGAGAUGGUUCAUUUGUGGUUCCAGAUCCGAAGGUGAAGCCAAAAAGCUGACCAGCAUUCUUGUCUGUGAAUCCUCAAGAGCUUGCCCCCUCAUCUGAUUGGACAAUUGCGAUCCCUGAGGAAAACGAAAUGUCUGGCGCUAUGAGCACGGCCCCCCUGGCCCUCCUCCUCCUCCUGCUGCCCUUGGUGUCUGGUCUCCACCACUCUGACUGCGUCAUUAAGAGAGAACACGAGAAAUGUCUGGAGAGGAUGGCAGAAGAUGACCCUGAAAAUGACCUAGAGUUUGGGUGUCCGUGGAUGUGGGACAACCUGACAUGUUGGCAGCCAGCCCGGGUUGGUGAGGUGGUCGUGGUCAGCUGUCCAGAGCUCUUCAUUCAGGUCAUGAGUGAUGAGGAUGACGAACUGGGGAAGCUGAGUCGUAACUGCACGGAGGAGGGCUGGUCCGAGACCUUCCCCCAUUAUGUGGACGCAUGCAUGUUCAACGAGCCCAAUGGAACCCACGAACACCCGGACAUGUACUACGUAUCGGUGAAGGCUCUGUACACGGUGGGAUACAGCACCUCUCUGGUGUCUCUAUGUACAGCCAUGGUCAUCCUCUGCAGGUUCAGGAAGCUGCACUGCACCAGGAACUUCAUCCACAUGAACCUGUUUGUGUCCUUCAUCCUGAGGGCCAUCUCUGUCUUCAUCAAGGAUGGGGUGCUUUACGCAGAAGAGGACAGUAACCACUGCUUCCUACACACCGUGGAGUGUAAGGCAGUGAUGGUGUUUUUCCACUAUUGUGUCCUGUCAAACUACUUCUGGUUGUUCAUCGAGGGCCUGUACCUUUUCACACUGCUAGUAGAGACCUUCUUCCCUGAGAGAAGAUACUUCUACUGGUACACCAUCAUUGGCUGGGGUACCCCUACAAUAUGUGUGGUGUUAUGGGCAGUACUCAGACUGCACUUUGAUGACAUUGGGUGUUGGGAUAUGAAUGAUAAUGCUGGUAUUUGGUGGGUGAUUAAGGGACCUGUCCUAGCCUCUAUCAUGAUCAACUUUGUCCUGUUUAUUGGCAUCAUCAUUAUCCUUGUCCAGAAACUUCAGUCUCCAGAUAUUGGUGGCAAUGAAUCCAGUAUCUACCUACGCCUGGCUCGUUCCACCUUGCUCCUGAUUCCUCUGUUUGGGAUCCACUACACUGUGUUUGCCUUCUCCCCCGAGGACGUCAGCAAGAGGGAGAGACUGGUUUUUGAGCUAGGCCUCGGCUCCUUUCAGGGCUUUGUUGUGGCGGUCCUCUACUGCUUCCUGAAUGGAGAGUAUCUCCCUGAAGGUGCAGUCGGAGAUCAAGAGGAAAUGGCGCAGCUGGACGGUGAACAGGUACUUUGCUGUGGACCUGAAGCACCGGCACCCUUCACUGGCCAGCAGCGGGGUGAACGGGGGAACGCAGCUCUCCAUCCUCAGCAAGAGCAGCUCUCAGAUCCGCAUGUCAAGCCUGCAGGCCGAGACGCCAGCUACCUGAACCCCAGCGACGUGGGCCAGGGCCAGGACGAGGCCGCCGCCGCCGCCGUUACUUCUAUCGCACCUACACCGAGACCCAUCAGCCACUUCCACACUGAACCUGAGAUUACAGCCAACCUCACCCCUACGCUCACACCCAACCACGGACCACUACCAGUGACCAGCCUCACCAACCCAUAUCCUUUUCCGAACCCGUACCCAGACUCCUCAAACGCAUACCUCAAGACAACCAACCCGUACCCUGACACAAGCCUCAUUCUGGACUCUGGAGAACGGAUCCCGGACCCUCCUAACUGCACUGCACCCAAAAGCCCAACUGAGCCCUUCGUCUAACUCAACUGGAUCCACCACACCCUUAUAUCGCCAUGCUGAGGGAAUGGCAUCCAGAUCAUGUGGCCGCUAACCCUAUCUAAACCAAUCAACCUAUUACUAUCCUAUUUAAACCAACCCAUGACUACCUACAACUAACUCAUAGUUAAGACCAGGCACCACACCCUGGCACAUAUAAUGAGGCAAUACCUCAUUAAAUAUGUGCAUAUUGUGCAAGUUACUUUUUCUGGACACUGGAUUAAAUACAGAUAUUUCCUGGAUUCCCUUUACUACUCAGACAUUUAACGAGCUGAGUAGAAUAUUUUGCAAUUUAGAGGCCGUUAAAAUAUAGGACUAACUCCAGAAAAUGUAAAUUUCCGUAAAGUUUUCCGUCAAGUAAUUCUUUUUUUAAAGUUUAUUUUCUUUUUAAGAAUACUAACACUAACCUAUCAAGGUUAUUACAUUUCAACAUUCAAGCCUGUGGUGCCUAGCCUUAUUUUAUAUAUCUGUCAUGCUUUAAACAAAUACAGAGAGCUAGACAGUUGGGAAAGACAGAGAAAAGGUUGUAUGAAAGGCGAAUGGCCAGAUUUGAAUUCAAACCAACUCCUAGUUUUAACCAUCUAGACCCAAAUCUGACUCAAAAAAUAUAUAGUUUUUUUCAGUAAUCUUUUUAAUAGCAGUGCAUUGAGUUACAUACCUAUUUGAUUGCUAGAGAUGGAAAAAAAAACAAAUACAUCAACAUCAGAAUCUUGUCAGAAAAUGGUCACUGUAACAUAUAACUGUUAAUACCCCAUGUUUAAGUAGGCUUACACCUUAUGAUCACUGUCAGUAGUAAAAAAAAGACUAGAAUUUUAUGACACAGUAGCCUAUACCUUUAGGGUUAUUCCUGUGUAUUUCAAAUGCGUGUAAUAGCCUAGUCAGUGUCAAGUCAUCAGAUUAUAAGCUAUAGGUAGCUAGCUGACAUGACGAACUUUGGCUUAACUUUGUUGUUUGAUAUCAAACCCAAAACAUAUAAACUUGUGGCAAUUUUAAAAUGCCCCAUGACAGGUUUAAUUUAAACAUCAUAAAAUUUGCAAAAAUCUAUAACAAAAUGGAAAACCAUAGCUCCAGUAGUACAUGCAAUGUGUGUUUAGCCAAUAUUAACAUGUUAACUUGGACAGCUCUAAUUCAUUGUAAACUUUACCAACUUUAUCCAACAUACAGUAUAUGUCCAGAAUACGUCGCAACCAGCAACGCUUGUUUAAUAUGGUUGUUUUGCGAAGUGGAUGUAAAUACACUUUUGAUCUAUUAUUAAUAACUGUUUCUGUAAUGGAGUCACCCACCAUUGGACCGCUGCAGUGAGUCUGGAUCUGGUGUACUGCUCUGAGGAUUUCUAGAAUGUAUCACAUUCUAACCCUUCUAACUAGUCCCAAAAACUGAAGAUUAGAAACCAGAAACGAAAAAGCUCCAUUUAAAAGACUGUGUUACUGGCUUUGGGACUCUGGUUGGUUAAAUAUGACCAAAUUGCUGUACAACACCCCUAAUUUUGACACCCCAAACAACUUCCAAAAUGUCACUAUCUGACUGACGUACGUAUCGUACAGUAGAGGGUCCUCCUUGAUUUACCAGGAAAGCUGGGGCUUACCGUCCAAUGUCAAGUGCCGUUCAGAAACCUUCAGAGGAGGGUCCUACCAGGGAGGGCAGGAGGCUAUGUCCAGGAAAAGGAUGGUUCUCAUUCUGUACAUAUCAUUGUGUAAUGUCUCAGACCUCCCCCCGGCUGGGAGUCUCAUUUCAACCUGCUGGAACCUCCAUGGAAUACGACCAGUCAUUGCAGUUAUGUCCUUACGACCAGUCAUUGCAGUUAUGUCCUUACGUCCAGUCAUUGCAGUGAUGUCCUUACGUCAGAAGGGGGACAAUAAGUCCCAGGACAAUAACUCCCACAACUCCUACACCUUUCUUAAAGUUGAGACUGUCUAUCUGUCCUGGGUGUCCUAGGUAUUAUGGCAAGUUUUUCACGGAGCAGUAAAAAUAAAUAAUGGUUCUGCUCCUAUGCUCCGACAUUGCUGAGACAUUCCAGACCUUAUAACAAUUGACACAGUUACAGUAUUUCCGUUAUCGGUUUACCGCGUGUUGUUAUCGCAGCCUGGCGCCGGACGGUGCAGUUGUUUGACGCUGCGACAUCUGACCAGGGGAACGAGGGUUGUAGCGUCUUGUGUGGUACGGUAGACGUCACAAACUGGCCAAUCGAGAUAGACUGAACUAAUGUAAAUAUUUAUCCACUGACCAAUCAGGUUGCAGGUGUGAUCGUCUGCCUCAGUCAUCACUGCAUCAUGGGAUACUACUCAGGCCUGGAAACUCAAGCCAGGAUCAAAGAGAAAGAAAUAAUUACUGGACCAACAGUAGAAACAAUUAUCCUUAGUCGACCACAACUGUUCGUAGAGCAUCGCGGUGCUUUGUGUUUAAGUUUUCAGUACUUUGUAUCAGCAUACUAUAACAUCAACAACUAUGGACAUCUUCACCUGCGCAAGCUGUGAUUGGUGACAGGCGGAGGACAAUCCCCCUCUUUGCUAUGUAUACCACUCCUCGAAGAAGGUGACAGGAUUUAAACCAGUCUUUAAGUGAAAGGUAUAUUUUCUAGAGUUCAUUUUUGCGGAAUGAAAUGCCAAAAAGUAAAGCCUGUGUAAAGGUUGGAUCAUCUAUUUUAGAAGGUGUUUAAAAGAAGGAUAUAAAAAGCUAAGGUUUUCCAACUACGACCAUUAUACAACAAACCUCUUUUAAUCUUAGCAUUGCUUGUUUAUGAUAACAAGAUGCCUUGGGUCUUUUCAGGCGAGGAUUGAUAGUGCCACUAGUUUUAAACAGCCGGUAGUACAGAAAAUGUCAAUGACAACUUACUCAUGAAUGGGUAUCAUGAGUUCAGUGUUAAAUUGUUUGCAUGAAUUGUAUUUUUACUUUCUUCUUUUUAAAUAUGUUUAUAAUUGUUUUGUGAGAUUAUUAUUGUACUUGACACUGAAACGGCAGUGCACUUUAAUCUAGAUUUUACUUACAGCCGUCAUUCAAAUAGCUUCAAUAUCUGUAUUGAAAAAAAGAUAAGUUAAACCUACAGAAAUUAUCUUACCACCUUGAGUUUAGAUUAAAAAAAAAACAAAAAAAAACGUAUUGAAUAGUGUUUAGAUGUACUACGAUUGCAUUUUUUUCUACAUUCCUUUCUUUUUUUAAAUUAAAUGUAUUGCCAGCUUAGGUUAUAAUCGGUUAGAUUGUUUCCUUGCAGUUUCUCUGCAUAUAUGCUUGUCUAUAAUGAUAUUUUCUUAUGUAUAUCUUAAAGGAAGCUUAAAGAUGGAUGUCAUUAUAAGGAGUGAUUCUAAGUUUUUUUUAUUACUCUGCGGUACUAAUCACAUUCCAAAGAGUAACACGAGACUCCACUUUAUGUGAGUUUGCACGGCCGUAUACAUUUGCAAAGGCUGAGUAAAAGUUUUGCAACUGAUGUCACUUCAGAUUUGAUCCUUUGGUCCGAUUUAAACAUUAUUAUUAUAUAUUAAUUAUGCUUCUCAUCCCAUGUUGAUUUUUUUUUCUUUGUGUCUCCAAAGUGCCUUUAUGCACAAAAGGUAUUUAUUUUCUUCUUUUUUUUAACCUUCUUUUAAAGAACACGUCUGCAAAGUAUGUAAAAACAUGGUUCAACAAAAGUGCUUUUAUGAUGUUACACUGAAUCCGUAUUUUAUUAACCUGGAGGCCUUUGAAGUGCUUAGAGCUCAUUACUGGUUUAAAAUGGGCAUAGCCUAGAAUAUACGUUAUCACUGAUUACCGUUUAUAAUGAACUCAUUUUUAUUUAGUUAAUAAUCUACUAUGGUCUACAUCAUAUACACAAAAAUGAGGAUAAUUGAAUGAAUUUAUGUUCUCUUUUUUGUGCAGGAUUGAGGCCUUUGUAAUCAAUCAUUAUGUUUUGUAAAUCCAAGUAAUGGGACAGAGGUUGAUUGACUGAUGUUACUGUGCAUUGUUUGUGACUGAAGGCAAAUGCUGGGGGGGUCAUGUAUAAUAUAAAUAAUUGCCUUUCUUCACAAACUUAAACUACAAAAUGUUUUAAUUGCUUUCAAUGUAAACUAUAAGCUACAGAUUAUAUAACCAUGCAUAUCUGUAAACAGUGUAGUGUAACGCAAUGAUGACUCCAUAACUCCCCGACUCACCUGAAAUAGCGCAGUCUUUUAACAAUAUUACACCAACAGAAAUACACUACUAUGGGAAUUUCAUUCCGUUCAGUUGAGUUAAGAGCAAGGAAGCAGAUGAAGAAGGAUACGAUGUGAUGUGUGUUUUUCUCAAGUCUGGACCUGUAUUCAUGAUCAUGGAUCAGCAUUUCUAUUUUGAGAUGCUUAAUGAAAGUAACAAUGGUCUGUAAUAUGAAUGCAUCCCCAUCCGUGUGUGUGGGACCAAAAGGUGUCCCUAUUUCACUCUGAAACAGGAUGGGCUAUCAAAAAAUAUAUAAUGUUGUUUUGGUUACCAACACAAGUUGAAUGUUUAGCAGCAUACGAGGAUAACGUACUGGAGUACCCCAUUAAACCUGUAUGACAAUCUCAUGUCAUAAGCCAAUUUUAAAAGUAUUUCUAGAGUAUUCAUGUCAUAAGACAUCCAUAGUAUUAUCCAAUAGGUGGAGACUUAUUUUGCUGGUAAAUGUGUUGUCAGUUAGAGGUGUAAUCUUUCAAAGAAUAGAUAUAAUAUUGUUUAUUACAGAAAGUCUGUUGUAACAAUUACAUUGAAGUAGUUAUCUACUGUACACAGAGUGGAUUAGAGUAUGUCCCAAACUGCCCCCUAUUCCCUAAUCCUUGUAUUUGUGUUCUACUCUGGUCAGGGCCCAUCAAAAGUAAUUAACUAAAUAAGAAAUAGAGGGCAAUUUUGGACACUCGCUAAGUGUUUUACGAGUAUGUGUAGCCUAUCAUUAAGGCUUAUAAAUGGUUGAAUUGUUUUAUUGUGUAAAACACAGAAUUAAGCUACUACUGCUGUAUUUUGUAAACGGUGGUGCAAAGUGAAUAUUAGUAGUCAUUAAAAUGUUGCACUGUGGUUGUUCUCACAUUAUUAUUAUUUUGGUGAUGUGCUUGUUCAAAUGUAAAGCAAAUUGCUGCCUAUACUCUUGUAGACUGAUGCAUGCAUGCUUUGAUGGUUUAAUCCCCUUCGAAAAGCUAAAUUUCAUCACUCUGGAGAUUGGAAUCUUACUAGGUGUAACAGAACCUUUAUAGAAAUGCUCAUGUUUUUAUAAACCGUUCAUAGAAUCCUAAGUAAAUUCUAAGUGUGAUAUAUUUUUGUAAUCAGCUGUUACAUGGAAAAAGCAGCUCUAACAAAUGCUAAAAUAAUUGUGUUCAAUAGUGAAUAAUUAUGUGUGCUGUUGAACUGCAGUCCACAAAAUGUGAAUCCUAUUUUCUGUUUGAAAGCAGAUACAGUCAGUCAAUUUCAGUAGUCAGAAGACUCAUAAAAUGUGUCAUCUGGACAGGGCUAAACUAGAAGGUCCAUCGUUCACUUGAAAUUAUUUUCUAUUUUAUGUGUAUUUUUGGGCUGGAUUUAAUCUGUAAUGCUACAUUUCAGGCAUACAGUGUGAUUGAAAUUUUAAAGACAAUGUUUAUGCUGUUUCAACAAACCAUUUGUUUCCAACCAUCACAAAAUGACAUUUAAAAACCUGGCUCUGUAUUUAAGAUGGGAAGGAACAAUGUUAUGGAACAAUCACAUCUAUAUAUACAUUAUGUAAGCAUUUCUAUCAGAUGUAUAUACAUCAUGAAGACAUCAUGUAGACAUUUCAAUCUGCAAUGUUCCACAGUUUCUGCCUACCUAAUAUAGACCAGGACAAAGGAUGAAUGUGUGUACUGUACACUGAUGGCUGAAUGUAAUGUACUUGCUUUAUAGGAAAGUAUUUAUACUGUUGAUCUCUGAUCUGAAGGGUUGGGUUCAUUAACAUUUUACGUCAGUCAGUUUCCCAGGUAAACAGGUAAACAAAAAAAAGCAAUUGCAUUUCUUUCAGUGCUUUUAUGAAAAACAAAUGUAGUUUGGAUUUUUUGUUUGAAUACAAAUGGAAUUUUCCAACCCUGAUGAUCUGAAUGCUGCCUGCUUCUGUUUGUUUUUAAACUCAUGUUUUAAUCUGAUCUCUUUCAUCGCUGCACUGUAUAAGUGUCUUCUUGUUUUGAUGUACGGAGGUUUUGUAUAUUAUUACUGAAUUAUUGACUUAAAUGUCGCAUUAAAUGUU